GGCCAAUCACAGCACCGCUGACCUAAUCGUUGUCUCAGCCAGAACCACUAUCCGCUAGCUAGUUUAGCAUCAGUCUGGACCGAGGAGCUAACCUAAUAUCUGUGUGCUCACCUUGGUUAUGUAUUUCGCUUGAAUUUACUGAAGUUACCAGUCGUCCAAGUGACUACACUGAAGAUGCAGUUCAUGCUGUUAUUCAGCCGGCAGGGAAAGCUGCGGUUACAGAAAUGGUAUGUGCCUCUGUCUGACAAGGAGAGGAAGAAGAUCUCCAGAGACCUGGUCCAGACCAUACUGGCCAGGAAGCCCAAGAUGUGUAGCUUCUUGGAGUGGAGGGACCUCAAGAUUGUGUACAAGAGAUAUGCAAGCCUGUAUUUCUGCUGCGCAGUCGAGGAUCAGGAUAAUGAGCUGAUCACCCUGGAGAUCAUCCAUAGAUACGUGGAGCUGCUUGACAAAUAUUUUGGCAGUGUGUGCGAGUUGGAUAUUAUCUUCAACUUUGAGAAGGCCUACUUUAUUCUGGAUGAGUUCCUGCUGGGCGGAGAGGCCCAGGAGACGUCCAAGAAGAACGUGCUGAAAGCCAUCGAGCAAGCUGAUCUGUUGCAGGAGGAGGCCGAGGCACCACGGAGCGUUUUAGAAGAAAUUGGGCUGACAUAAAUCAUCAUGCCGCUGCCUCGCAGAUCCUCUUCCAGAUGCAGAUCUGGAAACCUCCAUGUCUCUAUCCUGUCUCCUCAUGUUCACUGUCAGUGUUGUAUGCAUAUAAUCACCACCUAUGUGCUGUAUUACUCUGUUCUGUACUGUCCAGUAAUGUCUUUAAAUGUGGUGCCAACUGUGGUUUUAAUGUCUCCUAUGUACUAUCUUCUCACUGUAUUCUGCAGUACUUUCAUACUUUACACCCCAAACUCACAGUACAAUGUAGCGACCACAUAAAAACUCCAGCAUCAGAAUAAGAUCAUCUAUCAUCACCAAUUGCAAAGGGGUGUGUACUGUUUGUCUUAAAGUACUUUGGGUGCUGUUGCAGCCGCAGUCCGUGUUUUUUAUUAAUUACCAUCACAUUGGAGUCACAAAGCUAAUCAUCCGAAUUCAUGAAAUAUAAAUACUGGGCAGUCUGUGAAAAGCCCGGAGGGUAGUUUAAUAAAACUAUUAUUCUAAACCGAUAUUCUGUCCGCUGCACAAAAGAAAGGAUGCUUCUCAAGGGCAAAAUAUGAUAGCAUUUUAUUAUAUUGAACAAUAUAACUACUAUACAAUAUUUUUUAAGUUGGGUUCAUGUACAAAUUGAGCAAGGAGAGUUGUCAUUUCUAACAAUCAUUUUUGGAUUAUAAAAAGGACCAACUUGGGAAAUGGUUUAAAAAUCAGAGGAUGGCAUUCUUUUUUUUUAGCCAGAUGGUUAAAGGUUUAGAGGUUAGAGUCUUUGAGGACUCUAGAAAUAUCUUCAAAACAGCAGUAACUGUUGCCAAAUGACCUGUUGACCAAUGACCUAAGAAAAGGUCACAUUUAUUUUUUUUGGAAGAAUCUGAAGCUCAGCUCUGUGACUCAAAUGCAAUGGUAAUACAUGAGAGGCACCAGCGGGGCUAGUGCUGUUGUGGGAAUCACUGACACCGUUAUAAUCCCACGGGUAAAUCAAUCCACCAGUUAAAUGAAAUUAAACAAUCACCCAUUAUCAAUAUCCGUGUAUGUUAAGGUUUCUAGUUGUGUUUGGUGAUUCCCUUCCACGAAUUAACCAUUUCAUUUUUCCUUUUCAAUGCUGUUUACUUUAGUUAAACAUGAGCAGUUGCUGUGUAAUUAGUGUCACGUUUGUCAUCUUGUCUAUUUUUGACAAUGGAUUUAUUGUCCUGAUAAAAACCAUUUGUUUAACAUUCAAUUUCAUAACGGCCUCCAGAGAUAAAUCUAAGGUCAGUCUCUCCCUUAGUCUUAGGUUAGGAAAGGAUAGUGAACCA